AUGGCGAAGCUUCGCAGCUUCAUGUUCCUUCUGUGGGCAUCGGCCGUCACCAACGCGAAUUUCGCUUCGUUCUGUCGCUCUACUAGUGGGCCAGCGCUAUCCUCACUCUCGGACGAAGGAUAUUUGCAGACUUUGGCAACGACUUCAGCUACCCAGGAGCCUGAGAGUGCUUCGGCCGGAGAAGUCGCGCUAGAAGAACCUGCAAGCCAGCCGCAGGAUGAUAUAGCACUUCACCAGAUAUGGGCGAGGCAGAACCUGACGCAAGUACAAAAUACUCCUGCGCCUAGACCGAUGCUAACCAUAUGGUCCAGGCCACCCGCCGAAGCGUCAAUCCAAGUCACCACCGUCACUGUGGUCCGAACGGUGACUGUCGAGCUUGCUAGCCGAACCGAAGUGAUCUGGGCGCCCCUUCAGCAGACCCUGACUUUCAUCAAUCCUACCCUGGUCUUCGAGACAAGUAUCGUUACCGCGUCGCAGCCUCGAGGUAUUGCAGCAAGAGACGCGGCAAACGCCAUCGCAUCGGAUCAAGCGGCGCUUUCCGAGAUAUCCUCGACCGAUACGUACUACCAUGAGGGUGCUGGCCUCUCACCGCACCCGGCUCCUAUCCGGAGGCAGACCUCGGCUUCAGUCAAUAGAGUCUCCAUAGUCACCGUCGAGAUCACGACCACCAUAGUGGCGAGCGGCACCAUGGUCCGCACUGUCACCAUCUUCGAUCCCGUGUUCGUUUCUGUGACGAAGACGCCUACUCUCACGUCGACGAUCUUCACAACCACGACCCUUCCCAUCAAGAAUGGAGUUUUCAGCUCAUCUGCGAUCGUACCAUCUCCACCGGCUAGCCAGAAGGCCAUCUCCAGCGAUGGCGCUCAGCAGACUGCGUCGUUCAUGGGCCCCGAAUCUUCUUUUGUGACGGCAACGACGCCAGAAACCCCUGAGCCCCAAGACCCUUCGGUCGUCUCCAGCACCAUAGGCGCACCCGAAAGCAUACCUUUGCAGCAUCCUCAGUACUUCCAGGUUCAUCGCCUGCGACCCAUGAAGGGACUUCGGCAAGGGUUGAGCCUGCAACGAGCAGUAGUCCAUCGAUGA